AUGGCCGUUAAAAUCAACGAACGACAAGGUCGGGAUACCCCGUACAAUCCUUACUAUCCCAAUCAACGAGGAUCUGGUAGAGGACAGAGAGGUGGCCACCAGGGCAACUCUCGCGGGAAUACCUCUUGGGGAACGCAUGCUGGACCCAUAGAACUCGGAGCUGUGCAGAAGCAGCCUCGAGACAAGAAGGAUGUCAUAUGCUACAACUGCGACAAGAAAGGACAUUUUGCACGAGAAUGCCGCAAGCCCAAGAAAGAACGACAAUUCCAACCUGUGCCCACUGGACAACGAUCGUUAAACACCAUCCAGAGACAGGAGGAACCUGAAACAGCGAAUGACAUCCCCGACAGACAGCUGGAAGACUACGACAUUAGGAAUGAAUACCCUGACUCUAGCAACGAGGAAAGACUAGACCCCUAUGCAGAGGAAUACAUGCCCAGCACCCCAGAAGAAACAAGUUAG